AUGGCGGAACCAAGAAAAGACGACGAGGCCGCUGUGCACAUCGAGCCUGAGAAGAGGCCUUCUUCAUCCUUGGAUGAUCGCAGCAAGGGUUACCACGAGCAUUCCGAGGCCGACAAUGGACCAGCUCGGCGGACGAGUGUCGCCGCCCUUCUUCGGAAUCCACUCACGGGCAUGACCGAGGGAGAUGUCAUACGAGAUGUGGACGCAUUCGUCGAUGCUCGAGGCCUUUCAGAACACCGAGAAGUCUUCCACAAAGGCGCCUUGCUCGCUCGUGUCAAUCAGCGAGAGGAUGGCUUUGAGAGUGUGACACAGUUGACCGAAGGAGACAAGGAAGUUCUUCGCUACGAAAUCAACCACCGAUGGCAUCAACCCUUCAUGCUCUACUUCCUGGUUAUACUGUGUGCAGGCUCAGCAAUCGUCCAAGGGAUGGAUCAGACGUCCGUAAAUGGUGCUCAACAAUUCUACUUUAGGACAUUUCAAAUUCCAGAGGAGGCGGUCUGGCAGAGAGGCUUAUUAAAUGGCGCGCCUUACUUGUGUUCAGCCUUGAUUGGUUGCUGGACCAAUGCACCCCUGAACAAGUAUUUUGGGCGACGAGGGACCAUCUUCAUCUCAUGCUUCAUCUCUUUCGUGGCUGGUAUCUGGAUGGCAGCGGCUGAUUCCUGGUACAACCUCCUCAUCUCGAGAUUUGCAUUAGGAUUCGCGGUUGGUGCCAAGUCAAGUACAACUCCUGUCUACGCGGCCGAAUCGGCACCAAAAAACAUUAGGGGCGCCCUAACAAUGAUGUGGCAGAUGUGGACCGCGUUCGGCAUUAUGCUGGGCUUUGUCGUAUCAGUUGCCUUCCAAGGAACUGACUUCCUAGGUGCAGAUACACAGUGGAGGUGGAUGCUGGGUUCGACUUCAAUACCACCCCUUUUCGUCAUGAUUCAGGUUUACCUGUGUCCGGAAAGUCCCCGCUGGUACAUGGAGAAAGGCAAAUGGGACAAGGCUUUCGAUGCCAUGCGGAAGCUCCGGUCUCACGAAAUACAAGCUGCGCGGGACAUGUACUAUGCCUCUAAGCUUCUCGAAGUCGAAUCCGCCCAACGCGAAGGAAAGAACUUAUGGAAGGAGUUUUUCCUCGUCAAGAGGAAUCGUCGAGCUGCACAGAGUUCGUUCUUUGUCAUGUUCAUGCAGCAAUUCUGUGCUGUCAACGUCAUCGCCUACUACUCGACCCAAAUCUUCAUCGAAGCCGGCUUCACAGAAACGCAGGCUCUCCUCGUCUCCUUUGGAACGGGCGUUACGAAUUGGAUCUUCGCUAUUCCCGCCAUUUAUACAAUCGACACCUUCGGACGCCGGAAUCUCUUGCUGGUGACUUUUCCGCUCCUGGCGCUUUGUCUGCUUUGGUGUGGCUUCUCAUUCCUGAUCCCUGAUGACCCAGCGACAGGCGAACCCACCACCGCGAAAUUGGGAAGCAUUGCGGCGGCAAUCUACCUCUUUAUGGUCGCUUACUCUCCAGGCGAGGGGCCUGUUCCUUUCACAUACAGUGCGGAGGCGUUCCCGCUGUACAUUCGAGAUGUGGGAAUGAGCUUCGCCACGGCGACAUGUUGGGGCUUCAACUUCAUUAUCUCCCUGACCUGGCCCGCCCUCUCCGCUGCUUUCACGCCCACGGGUGGCUUCGCCUGGUACGCCGCUUGGAACAUCUUCGGUUGGAUCACCGCCUACUUCUUCUUGCCAGAGACCAAGAAUCUUACUCUUGAGGAGCUCGACAACGUAUUUAGUGUGAGCAGCAGAGCGCAUGCCAAGUAUUAUACCGAGAAGUUGCCGUGGUAUGCGAACAAGUAUCUGCUAAGGAGGGAUGUUGAACCAUUCGAGGAGCUGUAUCAGUUCGCCGAGCCUGAGGAGCUAGCGACGGAGAGUAGCGGGGUUAGAGGGAGGAAAGACGAGUUUGUGGAGGAGGAGAAACGGAUCUAA